UCUAAAUCAUAUGCCCCAGGCGGCCCUAUACUUCCGUAGGAGAAGGAAGGCUGCCAUUCCUCCUUUAUUAUGGGCUCUGUGAGGCAACCCGAGGGCAUCAGUUCUUAAGCUACUACUAUCAUCAUUUUCAUUGUAUCGCCAACGAAUUCACCCUAGCCGGGUUUGGCCAUUUUACCGACGUUCUUUCCCAUCUAUUAUCAUACACCCUCUUGCACCCGAAUUCCUUGUCAAUUGAACAUUGCAGGGUUUUGCAGGGUUUUGCUAUCAGGCGUAACGACGACAACAGCUUUUGAGGGCAAGCACCAUAAACGACCAAAACACAUGACGGAGCCACUCGCAAUUUUGGAACAAGGUCUUGCCACGUUGCAAACUUUAUGGAUUCCGAUCAGCCUACUCUUAGCGUCCUUUGCCUAUCUGCUUCUAUCGCUUUGGCAAGGAUCAAAAUCAGUGGGUGGUCAAUCCGACAAGGGAGAAGCCGGCUCCCAUGCCCCAGAUCACUUGAAGUUUGAUACGACAAAUAUACGCGUAACAAAGAUCCUCGUACACCCCAUCAAGAGCUGUAGAGGCACUUCUGUUCCAGAAGCAAAAUAUACUCUCGAAGGAUUGGAUAAUGAUCGGAAAUGGUGCAUAGUAAGGGCAGAUAAUAAUCUUGUCGUGACUGCCCGAGAUGUGGGUAAGAUGGUUCUUAUAAAUCCUCGUAUCAUUCCGGACCCCUCAUCUCAAGAGGGCGGACAGCUUGAGGUAUCUUUCCCGAAGCAGUCGGGCUGUGAGCCCUUCUUCGUACCAUUAAACCCCACUGAGGAAACGCUCCAGGAUUGGCAGAAUAUCAAUAUAUCGUUGUGGGAUAAGGAUGACAUCGAAGGGCACAUAUGUCAGACCAACGGAGGAAGGUCACCCUCGGAGAUACUUUCACAAUAUAUGGGGUUGCCAGUUCACCUGGCUAUAAAGGGCCCACGCCUGCGGAUCUGUCCGCCUACUCAGCGGUUUCCCGACCUAGAUGCACCCUCAUAUUUCCAGGAUGGGUAUCCUUUGAUGAUCUUGUCUGAGGAAAGUGUCGAGGCUAUGCAGGAGCGGGUCAGAGGAAUGGUGGGCAUGCAGGGCAUAGAGGAGAAGUGGUCCAAUGACGCUCUACAGGUUGAAAGGUUCCGCCCCAACAUAGUGGUUAAAGGAGCCGGGGCACCCUUCUUCGAGGAUAUACUCACUGAGUUCACUGUCGAUUCUCAUCGCGACGGUGUAGACAAGGCAUCACCAAUAAUUAAGCUUGUUUCUAAAUGUACUCGUUGCAUGCUGCCAAAUGUACAUCCGGAGACUGGUGAACGCGACAAGGCGGUACCGUUGAAGGUUUUAAUGAAGCAUCGAAGAGGCCUAGAUCCCGAGCGACCCAGCCUAUCGUGUAUGGGGUGCAAUGGGGUUCUCACUGCGGAUGGCGUGGUGAAGGUCGGCGAUUGGAUCCAUGUGUGUAAGACGGGAUUCGUCUGACUCUAGUUAUUUUUGAAGGUAUCGUCGAGUUCCAUAUUUUGUGUAUUUCCUGCGUAUCGCGUAGUCUCAUCGGCUUCAACGCCAAACAGGGAUUUUGAUUUAAUUUAUGCUGAGCG